AAACGAAUAUCGUUCGUUUGAAAAGGCCCAUUUGAACUCCUAAGCGCCGUGUAGAGCGCCCCAAUCUGUCAAACGAAAUACGUGCACACUGGCAAGUUUGCCGUUUCCUGUCUUUCUUUCGUCCCGGCAAAUCGCAUCACCGAUGGGCAAGAAGCAAAAGUUGAGGAAGGCCGCCCAGAUGGCUGCGAACGCAAGUGCCGCCGCCGCGAAACUGCAAAAAGAAAUUGAGCUGAUGGGCGAUGUGGUGGCCGGCAAGGAGAAGACUCCACGAGGUGGCAAGGAUGCCGCUCCAUGCUGCAGUGGGCAUAAGGAGAAGCCCGGCGGCAAGGACGAAUUGGAUCCUGGCUACCGCAACAAGCUCAAGAAGCUCAUGGACCUGGCCCAACAGCUGCCGGGCAAUGUGUUGACUCUUCAGAAAUCGAAGGAAGAGCUACAGCAGGGUGUCACCGUCGAGGACUCCAGUGGAGAGGGUGACUCCACCGACACGGACGACGAGGUCCCCGAGCUAGUGGACACCGAUCCGAAGACCCCCAAGUUGGGCGAUCUGAGUUCUCUGGGCACUCUAACGCUGCGCUCCUCCGAUGGGCCAAAGCAUUCUCGGGGCGAAAAGAAGGCUCGUCGCAUCCUCAUGAAGCUGGACCUCAAGCCCGUCGAGGAUGUGGCCCGUGUGACCAUGAAGAAGAGCAAGAACAUCCUGUUGUACAUCGAAAAGCCCGAUGUGUUCAAGGUCCCACACUCGGAGACGUUCAUCUGCUUUGGGGAGGUCCGUGUGGAGGACAUCAGCUCCUCGGCUGCCGCCUCCCAGGCAGCUGCCAAGGCCGCCGAGCGUUUCCGUGUGCCCUCUCCUGCCGGUGGCGAGGAUGACAAAAAGGAUGGGGAAGCUGCUGCCGGAAAAUCUCUGGCCGAUGACGAUGAUGAUGGCGAGGAGGUGGACGUGGCGGGCGCAAACCUGGAUGAGAAGGACAUAGAACUCGUCCAGAUGCAGGCCGUCUGCUCGCGCAAGAAGGCCAUCAAGGCUCUGCUGAUGAACGAUAACGAUGUGGUCAACGCCAUCAUGGCCCUAACUGUGGGUUAGCCCCUCCUCCAUCAAGGUUAAUCCGAUACAAAUUGCAUUUCGUGACAUGUUUAAAUUCAAUUCAACAAACACAAGCAUUAUACUUUUUCAAAUCCAAUCUUGAUUGAAACUUGUAAACUAAAUUUUGAAUGCACAAAAGAACCAUAAUAUCUUUUUCUUUUGUUAAUAAAGUUUGAAUAAUUGUUUGUUCUAAAA